AUGCUUCCCUACCUCUUUCCUGACCUCUCUGCCUUUCCCACUGUCGCUGACCUCAUUACGCACCUCCGCACUAGUGACACUCGCUACCGCGUCGCCCUUCCUGCUGAGUUCUGCGCUAAGAACCCCCCCCCCAUGUACAUCGCUCUCUACUACGUAGUCGCGCGCCUCCCUGACUCCCUUCGCGUCGUCAGGGACCACUUUCUCGCAGUCUGUCCCACCACCCUCACCGUCGACCUCCUCGAGAAGGCCCUCCUUGCAGCGGAGAAGAGCAUAGUCGCUGUAGGUGCUUCUCGUGGUGACCCUCGCACCCCCAUCUUUGAGGGGUGCUCUCCUUCCCCCUUGCUGCCCUCUGUUGCCUCUGCUGCUGCUGCCGACCUGCUUGGUCUUGAGUCGGUCGGCGCGGCGUCUGCCCCUAGUGGGAGACGUCGCUCCAGCAAGGGCAAGGGGGGCAAGGGCGCGGGUGGAGCUGGAGGGGGCGGUGGCGGUGGCGGCGGUGGCGGCGGAGGGAGUGGGGGUGGCGGCGGGACUAGUGGUGGUGGUGGUGGUGGUGGUGGCAGCAGCGGCGGAGACGGUGGUGGUGGUGCCAGCGGUGGUGGUGGAGGCAGCGGCGGCGGUGGAGGCGGCGGAGGUGGAGGCGGUGGAGGCGGCAGCGGAGGAGGCAGUGGUGGUGGAGGAGGUGGAGCUGGGCUGGUGUAG